AUUAUAUAAGAAGUAAAUAUUUUCUAUAUAAUAAACAUGUUUCAAUAUGCGCUAAAAGCGCCUUUAGUUAUUGGUAUUACAUCAUGCGUAUGUCAUUCGCAUUAACUGCCUUUACUAAUACUCAGUGACGGCUAGGACAUUUGCAUUGUGUGCAGGUUAUGCCAUAUUAGUCAACUUUAUCAUGGUAAUUCGUGUUGUCAAAAUUUAUACAUAAAGAUAAGUAAUGGGACAAUCUCAAGAUCGUAUCGUAACUCUUCGGGAGCCAUACGAUGAAACUGGUGACAAUGGAUUUAUUCUUGGUAAUAAAUAUAUUCCAGAGGAACUACUGGCAGAAUUUCUCUGUCACGUUGACAAUAAAACUCUAUUAAAUUGUCAGUUGGUCUGCAAACGUUGGAAAAUUUUAAUACAUAGCUAUGUAUGGCGUAAGAAAGCUGAGAUGACAUUAAAUCGUCCACAUAUAUUAGAUACAGAUAUGCCUUGGAAAGCUUAUUAUAUGAUAGCCAAAAAGAAACCCUUUGAAAAAAAUUUAAUGAAAAAUCAUUCGGGAGAACAUGGUGUACAGAAAUAUUGGAAAAUCUUUACCAAUGGCGGUGAUCAUUGGAAAGUUGAAAAUCCACCUCUUGGAGUUCCACCUUUACCAAAAAAUGUUCCUGUUUUUGAAGGGAAAGAAUAUUGUUUUGUAACAUCUUAUAAUAAUUGUUUCAAAAUGCAAUUAAUAGAUUUAGAAGCGGAAGGAUUAUCAUCGUAUGUGCUGGAUGUUUUACAACCAACUAUAGUGGUAAGUGAAUGGUACAGUUGUAGAUGGGACUGUCCUGCUCAUUACGAGUGUACAGUAGAAUUAUUAAGGAGUGAUAAUAAAGUUAUGAAAACAUUCCAAUUCCAUGAUGAUAUUGAGGGAGAUAAACAAAAUCAAUGGUUAAAUGUUAGUCACGAAUUUAAAGACUAUGGACUUGGCCUUAAAAAAAUUAGUUUCUAUCAUGGGGGAAUGGAUAAAUCCUUUUGGGCAGGACAUUAUGGUAGUAAAAUGGCUGGUGCUUGUGUUAUUGUGAAAAUACCUGAAAAUGAUGAACACCGAUGUGAGGAAGGUGAUACAGAUACAAACACGGAUACAGAUACAGAUACAGAUACAUAUAAAAGCUCUAAUACGGAUUAAUAAAGAAACUAAAUCUAUAUUCUAUGUAACAACAUAUAAAGUAUUUUUUUGGAUAUAAAGUAUUAUGGACUUACAUUAAUAUUAUUAUUGUCUAAUUUUAAAUGGAGCAGUAUAUGUAUUUCUAUCCCUAUUUGAUUCUGUAUUUUAUUUAGUAAUUUCUUUCAUUAGAAAUUUGUAACUCACAGUAAUAACACAAAAUUUCAUCCUUCAUUUAAAUUACAUAAAAAAAAAAAAUAACUUUCCUAAUAUGUCUUAACAAGAAGUCAAAUGAAUUUAUCUGUUUUUUUUUUGUUUUGUUUUGUUUUUUUAUUUAUUUAUUUUUUUUUUAUUUAAGUAAAAAAUACAUUAUAAAACAUUAUAAUAUUACAUAGAAAAUAAUAACCAUUAAAAAGCGGCUAAAAUAACUUAUUACAUAUAUUUAAAUUUUAUUGGAGCAUUUAAAAAAUUUAUGGAUAUAACUAGUAAAAUAAUGUAUAAACAAAAAAAUUAAUGUUAACUUAUGCAGUUGUAUGAAAACGUGUAAAGUUUACAGUCUUCAUUCACACACUUCAUUUUUAUAGAUAAUAUAAUAAAGAACAUGUUUUCUAAUAUUUUGUAUAUAUGUACAAAGUCAAUAGUUUGUAUAUAUAUACAAAGAUGUGUGUUUUGUAUAUUUUAUAUACACUUACAUUUAUGUCCAUUCUGUAAUUUACAAUAUUUAUUCCAUUGCCUUUUUAUUACGAACUUUUAUACAUGCAAUAUUUUAUACUGCUGUACUAAACAUGUUCAUAAAAGUGAAAAAAAUAAUGUAAAUUGAUAUUUAUCGUACAUAUGUUGUUAUAUAAAAAAAAAAUAUAUAAUACAUUUAUUAUUAAACUUAGUUCCAUAUGAAGCUAUAAUUAGUUUAAUCUAAAUGCUAUUUCAACUAAAUUCUGUGGUGCAGAAUCCUGAUAACAUACAUACAAUUCUUUUGGAUGUGGAGUUGUAUAUAAUCGUCCUAUGACCCAAUAUGUUGUGUUCUCCCAUUCAAAAAGAAUACCAUGUUCUUUAAUAGCAAUUAAACUUUUGUUAAUUACAGUUUUAUCCAUAUCUUGGUUCAACAUCGUUUUAAAACGUAUUGUGUUAUGUAAUAGUCUAUGUAUCAUAUGCACACAUCUGUUAAAAUUUAUUAGAAUUUUGUUGUCUUUUGAUGUGGUUUCAAUUGGAUGAGAAGACAACAAAAUACCCUCGGUUAAAUCCAAAUGUACAUAAUGAUAUAAAUAAUUUUUUUCGCCUGCAGUUAAUUUGUUUGGUAGUAAAUAUUCCACCUGAUUUAGCAAAUUGUCCCGUAUAUUGGAUAUAUCGCUAUUUAUUACCUGACUGUCAUUCUGAAAAAAGGAGUAUUUAUGUAUCUUCUUAUUUAUGUAUCUUCUUAUUUAUGUAUAUUUUGUUUUUCUUUGUAGUAAAUCAUCUAUAGAAAAUACAACAUCGUUAGUUAAUUGAAGAAAAUAUA